AUAUCAACCACCUCAAAGAGCUAAGCAUAAACUACAUAAACUAAGUGAGUGUCUAUCCCUGUCCUCCUGAUACGUUAUGAUGCUGGAUAGAACACUGAAAUGGCCAUGAAGAUACCCUCAAAUCAACACAAAGCCAUCACUGGCUUGUUACUCCUUCUACUAAUGUCUGCAGUGGCUCAAGAUGCCAGUGAAGCUGGAUUAUAUCCAUCCAUACAGUUCACUGUAAACCUAGCCACCCAGCAACCUAUUAGUGCUACCUCCACUUGUUCCAGUACCUCCUGCAUUAGUGGCGGAUGUAGAGUGUGUAAUGCAUCCUGUCCGCACGGUGCUGACCUCCCCUCGUCCAUUGACCUACUGACUGUCGGCACUCCAGCUAGUGGAGUGACACUGUCUGGGGAUGUGUCAGCUAAGGGAGACCUGAUCUACAGUUUUGAUGGUGGAGAGGAUUCGUUUGUGAGUGUGUCUCAGGCGCUAAGCUUCCAACCCUCCCAGGGAUUCACCGUAACAGCAUGGGUGCAGCAGUCCCCUGGCAAUGCAGGAUAUAUAUUUGCAAAGACGACAACUACUGGUCUAACAACAUUCUAUGCACUGUUUCUGAACUCUUUGGAGCGUACAGCCACCUUUGAGUAUCGCCCUGAGGGCCUUGACGAGGGAUCGCGUAGCUUGGUACUACAAGAUGUCAGUGUCACAGAUGGACUACACCAUAUUGCCAUCUCUGUAUACGAGGACAGUGUAGCAUUGUACCUCGACGGUAGACUGCACAGAGCGAGAAUGCCUCUGUUAAGAGUACUGGAGGAUGGACCAGGAACAGUGGUGAUCGGAAGAAGACUGGGAAGCAUCACUCGAUUUCAAGGUGAAAUGCACUCACUGUUCUACUUCAACUCAACGCUAUCAGACAACCUCAUAGCCGACCUGGCCCUAGCACCGCCCACCCUCCACACUCAGCCAGAGUGCCGCUGCCCCCCCUCACAUCCUACACCCCUCGAGCAACAAUGUGAGGACCCGACAGGAACAUCAAGAAUCCCUCGUCUCAACACUGAAUCACAUGACCCUACGAGAAUAAAUGAUGGAGAUCAGGACACUUGGUGGGAGAGUGCUAUUGGGGAGGCCCCUGUUAAUAUAACCAUCUCAUUGGGGGGACUACGAACAGCUGUUGUUGUCGGUGUAACAUUUCGCUCACUCUUACCUGAAUCCAUGGUGCUUUACUACUCCACUAAUGGUGUGAACUUUGAACCUCGUCAAUAUUACUCAUCGAACUGCUCAAGGUUUAGUCUCCCGGACAAUGGCCUCCUCUCACACACCACAGACGUCAACUGCAUCACAACUGCCUCCAGGCCUCUCCCUAAUCAGCUGGUUCUGUUCCGCGUCCUCGAUGGAUCUAACCGCCCUGGGGCAACAGCGACUGAUUAUCGCCUCAAUAUAGACUUGCAUGAAUUCUCACAAGCUACUCAUAUUCGAUUGGAGCUAAUUAACUGGAAUUCCGACUCUGUUUUAGAGAAAUAUUUUGCCAUCAAUGAAGUACAAGUGUACGGCCAAGAAUGCGUUUGUAACGGCCAUUCUGAGAGCUGCGUCGAUGCAGUGUGUGCCUGUAGCCAUAACACGGCCGGGGAGAAUUGCAAACAAUGUCUGCCACUGUACAACGAUAAACCGUGGGCCGCGGGUACUCCCUCUUCCUCCAAUCAAUGUGAACGCUGUGACUGUAACAACCACUCCCUUUCCUGCUCCUACAACAGCACUGCCGACAAUGGAGUGUGUGAUAAUUGCCAGGACAACACUCAUGGUUCCCAAUGCGAAUUCUGUAUAGACUUUCAUUACCACUUGUCAGGGGUUAGCUUCAGCGACCCAAAUACAUGCACAGCAUGUGAUUGUCACAUGAUUGGAAUAACGGACGUUGGUGACUGUGGGAGGAGAGACAAUAUAGAUGGGACUGAUUCUGGCCAAUGUUUGUGUAAGGCUUUUGUUACUGGUAGAAGAUGCGACCAAUGUAUUGAUGGUACAUUCAACCUAACAUCUUCAAAUAUUGACGGUUGUCAUGAUUGUAACUGUGAUACGAGAGGAACGAUAGACGAGAGCAUGUCAUGUGAUCAAGACACUGGACAGUGUGAAUGCAAGUCUAAUGUGAUUGGACGCGACUGUUCAUCAUGUGCUGAGAAUCAUUUUGGCCUUGAGGGCGAUGAAGGUUGUCAACCCUGUCAUCAGGAGUGUACAGAAUGUAUUGGACCCUCCAACGCUGAAUGCCUGACAUGUCGCAAUGUGCUAGACGGAAACUCCUGUGCCCCCAACUGCCCUGUGGAGGCGUACUCCGAUACAAACGCCACCUGCCAAUCAUGCAAUCAACAAUGCCUGUCCUUUUCUGAACAAAGAUUUGUCGCAGAAAUUCCUGAGAAUUUUAUUACAGGGGCGACCCUUAUAACGAUUGUUGCCAUGGAUAGACGCACUCUCAACAGACCAAUAGAAUAUUUGAUCACAAAAGGAAACGAAAGACAAAUAUUUUCAAUUAAUCCGACCAAUGGGAUAGUCUCGCUGAGUUCAAACCUCGAUAGGGAGACUGAAGAAGCACACACAUUUACUGUGAGUGUCUUUGAUGUGGGGACUCCUAUUUCCGACCAAUCAGCUUCUGUUUCUGUGAUUGUCCUGGUGACUGACGUUAACGAUGAACAACCUGUGUUUGAACAAGAACUUUAUGAUGCUUUUGUGAUUGAAAAUGCUCCCUCAGGCACUUUACUGGUGACAGUUCUAGCAACCGACCCAGACACUCCUCCCAAUGCUAUGGUUACGUAUUCUAUUGCCCCUGGAGUAACAAGUACUAGCGAUUUUCAACUAGAUGCUAUCUCAGGCGAGCUGAUAACCUCUCGAUCGUUCGAUUAUGAAACCGAAACUAGGUAUGAGCUGACGAUACUAGCGAUGGACAGUGGAGCACAGCCUCUCACAGGAACAACUACAGUACGAGUUACUAUUGGCAACAUCGAUGAUGUUAGUCCAAUCUUUGAAUUCUCUGAAUACUUAACUAAUAUAUCAGAAACAGCAGCAAUUGGACAAUCUGUGUUUACAGUAACGGCAACUGAUGUAGAUUCCGACGUCCUCACGUAUAAUAUCACAAAUGGAAAUGAGGAGAGUAUCUUCAUUCUCCAGCCAAAUACUGGACAACUAACUGUCGCUGCAAGAUUAGAUUUUGAAACCACUCAGAUUCACACCCUCACAGUACGAGUUACCGAUGGCAACACCCUCCCUGCCACUACCACUAUCAGAGUGAAUGUACUAAAUGUUAACGACGAGCAACCAAUUUUCUCAUCACCUCAAUAUUCCGUAACUAUAUCAGAAGACAUUUCCCUCAGCUCAACAGUGCUGCAUACUAAUGCUACAGAUAGGGACAUUGACUCAGUGAUUGCCUACUCCCUCGCUGGUACUGAUGCAUUUAUUGUCGAUGGCUCAGGAAAUAUCAUCACUCAAACCGAGCUAGAUUUCGAGGUUCUAUCCUCAUAUGAAUUUGUGGUUAUAGCAACAGAUGAUGGAGAACCAUCACUAUCAAGUUCAGCUACCGUGUUUAUUCUUGUAACGGAUAUAAACGACAAUCCCCCUAUGUUUAUAGACAGCGUUAUCACCACUAGUCUCCGCGAGGACGCUCCCAUUGACACCAUUUUAACCGCACUCUCUGCAACUGACGCUGACUCGGGAAGAAAUGGUCAGAUAAUUUAUUCACUGUUCGAGCAAGGCUCUCAAUUUUUCAUCAAUGCAAGCACUGGAGUGGUGCGUCUACUGCAAUCCCUGGAUUACGAGACAGAUGUACGGCACACCGUUAUUGUGGUAGCAACCGACCUUGGUGAUCCAAACCUCUCCGCUAGAGCUAAUUUGACGCUCAUUGUGGAGGAUGUAAACGACAACGCUCCAGUCUUCACAAACCUAUUGUACACAGCUGCCGUUGACGAGGAUGUUUCCAUAGGGACCUCGAUUGCACAAGUCUUUGCUACAGACCUUGACAGUGGAACAAAUAGUUUGAUUACAUUUUCCAUUUUGGCCAAUAGUGAAAUAUUUGCGAUUGAAAUAGACACUGGAAUUGUUCGUUUGCUGGCACGUUUAGACUUUGAGGAACAAUCUCAGCACAUCCUUACGCUAGUGGCUAGCAACUCGGAGAGCACCCUCCCCCUAAUGACCUUUGUCACCCUAACGAUCGUAGUCGUUGACACUAACGAAGAAGCACCAAUGUUCUCUCUGAGUGAGUACAGUUUCUCUCUGCUCGAAAACCAGGGGUCAGGGGUUAUUAUCGGAGCUACCAGGGCCACUGAUGGAGAUGGAGGGACAAGUGGUGUUAUUCGCUAUGCUAUCACAAUAGGAAAUCAGCGUGGCUUAUUUGAAAUAACGGUGGAUGGAGAGCUGGUCACAGCAGGAACUACUGAUAGAGAGCAACAAGAUAUGUACAACCUUGUUAUCGUGGCAACAGAUGAAGGAGUUCCACCACUUUCGUCCAGUGCUGAUGUUCGAGUGAUGAUAAUGGACGUAAACGACUCUCCCCCUCAAUUCUCAGUGACCGUCCCCUACACGGCCUCAAUAUCAGAGAAUCAACCCUUAGGGGUCAAUAUUGUAACCUCACCCCCUCUAACUGUCACAGAUGCCGAUGGAAUAGGACCAAAUUCUGAAAUAUUAUACUCCAUUGCUGAUGGAAAUUUGGGGAGAGCUUUCUCAAUAGAUGCUCAGACUGGACAGCUGCAAGUGGCGGGAGAGAUCGAUUUUGAAGUGAGGAGUGAGUACGAGCUGGUGAUAGUAGCCAUGGACGCUGGAAUUCCCCCCCUCUCAAGCAGUGCUAUUGUUAUGGUGCAGAUUAUUGAUGAGAAUGACCACCAGCCUCGAGUGGAUAAUGUCUCUACAAUACUAUUAUUCACUGAAGGAAUGGAUUUUUUGGUCGUAAUGCCUCGAGUGAUAGUCACGGAUGAGGACACACUUGGGCUACGCCAACUCACAUUGUCCCUCUCUGCCCCAGGACUCAGUAUUGGGAAUGUUGGGUCUCUCUUCUUUGAAGGCUCUCUGCCCCCCUCUGUAACCACGAGCUCACAAGACAAUGGACGGCUGCUGGAUGUGACUGGAGUAUUUUCUGAUGAUGAAGCAACUCAAAUUCUACGUGCUCUCGCCUUUAGAAACAAUGAUUUGGAACCAGACCUUCCAUCAAGACUGGUACAGCUGCAAGUGUUUGAUGGCAUUUUUACCACCUCUCUCCAAAUUGAAAUACGAUUCGAAUUGAUAAACGACAAUUCACCGACCAUUGAUCUGGAUACAAGCUCACCUGGCACUGGUUUCAACGCUGUAUUUGUGGAGGGUGGAGCACCUGUAGCCCUCACUGGAGACGUUGCCAUUAGCGAUGCCGAUAGCAAUGCAGAGGGCAUUGUAUCACUGACAGUGGAACUCUUGAAUGCUCAAGAUGGCUUCCUAGAGAGGCUAAUAUUCACCUCCAUACCUGACCACCUCGCAGUGCAGAGCAGUGGAGCGUUUAAUCACACUCUCACCAUCUCUUCCCGUACACCAUUAGAGUUUUCAUUCUCUGAGUCACUCCUGACCGCCCUUACCUAUGUCAACCUUGCUGACGAACCACAAGCCAUGCCUACUCGGACUGUACGCAUCACCCUUAGCGAUGGAGAACUCAGUAGCCCACCAGCUGUGAGCUCUGUAACGCUCACUCUUGUGAACGACCCUCCACGUCUAAACCUUGGCAACAAUCCUGACUACCAAGUGGAGUUUGUUGAAGGACAAGGUUCUGUAAUUACUACAGGAACCAACUUUACGUUAUCUGAUAGCGAUAACGAUAUGCUUCAGAAUGCAACAGUGACCCUUGUGAACCCUGCUGAUGGAAAUGGAGAAAUGUUUAUCAUUGAUAGUGCAAAUACUGAGUUAACGAUAUCAGCCACUGAGCAUACAAUCACCGUAUUAGGGCCUGCUUCGAUAUCCUCAUUCUCAAAUGCUAUACGAUCUGUUCGCUACAACAACAUCUUGCAGAGUCCAAGUCCAAACAUUCGAGAGGUUGUCUUCACCGUGUCUGAUCUAGAGAGCACAAGCUCAGCUGUCACCCUCGUCUCCUUCAGUCUUCUUAACGACCCCCCAGUGUUGGACCUCAAUGGACCCCACCCUGGGAUAAACUACCAGACGGACUUCGUUGAAGACUCGCUUCCUAUUGCUAUCAGCAGUGAACUAACUCUAAGAGAUGUUGACAGUCCCUCACUCCAGCUGGCUACUGUCCGACUAUUCUCCACUCUGGACAAUGAAUCUGAGGGUCUAUCUAUCACCAGUAAUGCAGGGGGUGCUCCUUUAAUUACCGUGUCCCCCACGGAAAUUAUCAUACAGGGAGCUGCAACAGCUGCCAUGUAUGCUACUCUUCUGCAAAGCCUCCGUUAUUAUAACAACGAGGCAGAACCUUCUGAAGGAAUAAGAAGAAUAGAAUUUGUUGUGAGCGAUGGAGAGGUCAAUUCAACUGUCGCUGUGACAACAGUAACUGUCCGACAAGUUAACGAUCCACCUGUACUUGUACUAAACAAUGGAAUACCAUUUGCAGUGGUGUAUAUUGAAGAGUCUCCAGCCGUUGCUAUAGUGAGCAGCGAACCUAUUGCCAUCCAAGAUGCUGACAACAACACAUUCAGCACGCUACUUGUGAGCAUCUUCAACGCCUUGGACGGGAGUUCUGAGUUGCUAGGCUACCAAGACCCGAGUGAUGACCUCUCCCUGGCCGUAUCUCAAACUAUCCUCCCACAACUUUCUCAGAUCCACUACCAGUUCUCGUUCAGUUUGCAAUCUUCCACAGCGGCCAACUAUCAGAGUCUCAUCUCCUCACUCACAUAUCGUCAUAGUUCCCAGGAGCCGACCGCUGGUACUAGAGAAAUCGAUAUCUCCCUUAACGAUGGUGUGGACUCAAGCCUCUCACAACAAACCAUGGUUACAAUUGAAUUACUUAACGAUAAUGCACCGAUAUUUCAGCAAUUGUUCUACCAAGUACAAGCUCGCGAGAACGUUGCUAACAUCACUGCAGUCACGGUCCUAGCAACAGACGACGAUUCAGCCCGAGGCGAUUUCUCCGAACAUGGAACUGUUAUCUACUCGAUUGAAUCUGGUAACGAACAGGGGUUCUUCUCAAUCGAUCCCCUCUCUGGAGUAAUUCGUCUGGUGGUUCCAUUAGACAGAGAAGAGACAGCCAUUACUCCUGUGCUGAUGGUGAGGGCUAUCAACGUUGUCCCUCUAAACAACCCUCUCGCUGUGUACCCUUCAAGUUUUGUUCUUGUAGCUGUGGCUGAUGUGAAUGAUAAUGGACCACAAUUUGUGGAGGUGUCUUAUGAGUACAGUGUUGAUGAGCAUUCAGUAGGUGGUGUGUUUGUGGGUGUGGUCUCUGCAACAGACGCUGAUGUCGGAAGUAAUGCUGAGAUACAGUACACAAUUGAUAGCGGAAAUAUAAACUCUGUAUUCCAAAUUAACCAUGAUACUGGCGUCAUUUCAGUUGCCAACAGCAACCUAUUGGAUCGGGAAUCUGUGGCACAAUAUAUGCUAACAAUUACUGCCAGAGAUGGGGGAACUCCUGCAAUUAGCAACACUACAAUUGUCACUGUAACUCUCAAUGAUAUUAACGAUCAGCGACCGAGGUUCACAGCUGAUCAGUACUCAGUAACCAUUCCUGAGUCUGCAAGUGUUGGAUUCUCAGUGCUAACUCUAACUGCCACAGACCUUGAUACUGGCUCUAAUGCAGAGUUAAUGUACUCGCUAGAAGGAACUACUUUCUUUGCAGUCAACCAAAGCUCCGGACAACUAACUACCCUCUCCCCACUGGACCGGGAAAGCUCAACCAUGCAUGCAUUCAUUGCUGUAGUAAUGGACAGGGGCUCCCCCCAGCUCUCCGCCACAGCUCAAAUAUUGAUCACACUAUCAGACGUCAACGAUAACCACCCCCUGUUUCAACAAGGGAGCUACUCCGGCAGUGUUAUUGAGAACGCACCAGCUGGACAGUUUGUGCUCAGUGUUACGGCCUUUGAUGCUGAUGCAGGCUCCAAUGCUAUGGUUACCUACUCACUGAAUGGAACCACCGACUUCCAAAUAGACCCUCAAAGUGGAAUCAUUGUAACCUCCGCUCCACUUGAUAGGGAAACCAUUCAACUGCAACAGUUCUUUGUAGUUGCACAAGACAAUGGGGAAAUUCCCUUACAGAGUGUUGUGGGCGUAUCUGUUGCGGUAUUGGACACUAACGAUAACAGUCCACAAUUCUUUGAGGCUAGUUACUCGGCACAAGUGUUGGAAAACUUACCAGCUCCACAAAACGUUUUGACAGUGGAAGCAAGAGAUGAAGACGACGGCUCUAAUGCUGUAAUCAAUUUCCGCCUUGUGAGUGGCGAGAAUGUGUUUGCAAUAAACCCAACCACUGGAGAGGUUAUUACACGCGUGAGUUUAGAUCGUGAAAAAACGUCACUGUACGAGCUUUUAGUGGUUGCUAUGGACAACGGAGCACCACCACAAAGUUCAACCGUGCCUCUGGUGGUUAGAAUAUUGGAUGAAAAUGAACCUCCAAUGUUUGACACUACCAGCUAUUCGUUCACUGUGAGUGAGGGUACAGUUAGUGAAGUUGGAAUGGUAUCGGCAUCUGACCUGGAUGAGGGUUCAAAUUCCGAUAUCACAUACUCCAUUCGGGAAUCUGUUCCCUUCAUUGUCCACCCUACCACUGGUGUGGUGAGUGUGUCCGUUGCUUUGGACAGAGAGACAAUGUCGGGCUACAACUUCACCGUGGUUGCGAAUGAUGGUGGUGGAUUAUCCACCAGUGUUGGCGUGGUGAUUAUAGUCUCGGACAUUAAUGAUGUAACUCCCACUUUCUCACAGCCGAGCUACACAAUCUCCUUACCUGAAGAUCAACCUUUAACCUGCGGAUUACUGAUAUUGAUGGCAACUGAUAGAGACGUUGGGGUUAAUGCUGCCAUUACAUACAGUCUGAGCAGUGCAGUGUUUGGUUUGGACGUAGCCUCAGGGGGUCUGUGUUUAAUUACCCCCCUCGAUGCUGAAAGAGUGGCUGCAUACAAUCUCUCAGUGACUGCUACCGAUAAUGGGACUCCUUUCCUCAGUUCUACUGCUAUGGUGAUCGUAAACGUCAUUGAUAUUAACGACAACCCCAUCCAGAUAAUCACCAUGACAUCGCAGACACUGUACACUGAGGAGGGAUCCCCUGUGACGAUUGCUCCAGAUAUGAUAGUACUUGAUCCAGACGUUACAGCUGAGGUGAUAACUGCAUCUGUUACUCUGUUGGGGGCGCUCACGCAAGACCCCCAGCUGACUGUAGACGAGAGUGCAACCUUCGGCUUUAGUUUGAAUGGAAUCCAGUUAACGAUUGAUACACCACAAAGCGCCACUUUCUUCCAAAGUGUUCAAUAUACUAACCCUUUGUCCGAGCCAUCACCUCACACACUGAUCGCUCAGUUCACAGUCUCUGAUGGUAUACACAUUGCCGUGACGAAUAUCAGCAUCACUAUAGUAACAAUCAACGACAAUUCUCCUAUUGUCCUGUUGUCCGGAACAGAAGUGAAUACCACUGCUGUGUUCACUGAAGACACGACUAUCGGACAGCUACUCUCACCGCAAGCCAUGCUGCUUGAUGCUGACUCUGAUGCAGAGACACUCUCCAACAUUGUAGCAGUACUAUCAAAUCCACUCGAUGGUGGACUGGAGUUCUUGACUGCCCAAUCCAAUGGGAUUGUGGCCGUUUUCCCACCGUCUGGAGGGCACACUUUGCAAUUUCUGGGCCCUGCCUCCAUUCAGGAUUUUGCUGAUGCCCUAUCUACCCUUCGAUACCAUAGUAACACGAACAAUCCUCAGCUGCCGCUGGAACGAGUUGUGCAAGUCACUGCAUAUGAUGGAUCUCUUGUCAGCCAGCGUAGCUAUGUCUCGGUUGAGAUUGUGCCCGUGAAUGACCCACCAAACUUGCAGCUCAGUUUUGGAGGAGAUCUCAACACCACAUACACUGAGCACCGCCCACCCAUAUUGUUGACGUCCAAUGGUUACUCUCUCACAGACCCAGACUCUCCUCUCCUCACUGAAGCAACUGUCACAAUUAUCAACCCCUUGGAUAAUAGCGAGUAUAUCUUAUUGGAUUUACCCACCUCCCUAACAAUUACUCGAACAUCCAAUGGUGAAAUAAUGAUAUCAGGUCAGGGGAUUGUAUCAGAGUAUGCUGAGCUACUUCGAAGUAUCCGCUAUCUUAACAACGCUACCAAUCCAACACCUGGCAGUCGAGAAGUGGAGUUCAGUGCCAGUGAUGGACAACUGAGCGCCAUGGCUACAGCCGAUGUUGAUGUGGUAACUGUGAAUGAUCCACCAAUCGUUGAUCUAAAUGGGCCGCUAUCAGGAGUUGAUCAUGUGACAAGCUUCACUGAAGGGGGUGCUCCUAUUUUACUUUCCUCCCCUGAUGUAACUAUAUUGGAUACAGAUAGCAACGUGCUGAUUUUGAUGACUGUGCAAAUCAUAUCUGCAAGAGAUGGAACCAGCGAGAUUCUCAUCGCUCCCCAAACAACUCUCAACUCUUUCUUUGAUGCCUCCACUGGCCAACUGGAAGUGAGGGGAGUGGCCUCUGUAUUCGAGUACCAGAACAUUCUGAGUGGCGUGCUGUAUCAGAAUACAGCUAAUGAGCCGGAGGGAGAGUCCAGGGAGAUCACUGUUGCUGUUAGCGAUGGACAACAGAGUAGCACUCUAGCAACGGUCAGUGUGUUGUUUGUACGUGUUAAUGACCCACCACAACUGUUCCUGGACACUGGCGGACAAUUUAGUCCGGUAUACAUUGAAAACAGUCCAGGCGUAUCGAUUGUCAACACUCGCAGGGCCCAGAUUGUCGAUGUUGAUAGUGCCACUCUGAGUUAUCUGAGAGUUGAACUUGGUAACUUACUGGACAGAGAGUUGGAGACUCUCACCACCUCCUCCAUACCAGACCUAAUAGUGGACACCGAGCGGGGGGAACAAACAGCUGUGUAUGUGUUCUCCUUCCCCACCCCAUCUCCGCUAGUAUUAUUCCAAGAGCUCUUACUCUCGUUAACAUAUAUUAACUUGGCAGCCGAGCCAAACGCUACUGAGGCAAGAAUUGCCACAGUAACAGUGAGCGAUGGACAACUGGAUAGCUCUCCUGCGAUAGCUACCAUAUCUAUAGCUCUUGUGGACGACAAUCAACCACUUUUCAUGCCAACAAGCUACUUAUUUGCAAUAACUGAAGGCAUUAGUAUUGAUACAGCCCUAGGGUUUGUAGUAGCCAUGGACGCUGAUGUUGGAGAUGAGUUUCUGUAUCAGCUCUCAACUACCGAUUCUCCGUUCAAUAUUGAUAGUGUAAGUGGUGAGAUCAGAGUGGGCGGAGCUCUGGACAGAGAGGCUACGGAUGAGUACACACUGACUGUUAUUCUAACGAGAACAGAGAGUCCGUUCAGUAGCUUCAACGAUGAGGCAACUGUUGUUGUAACAAUAUUGGAUGAAAACGAUCAAACUCCAAUGUUUAAUGCGAGUGUGUAUAUAUUUGACAUUCCUGAGAAUUUGGACAUGGCUACUCCAGUGGGUGUGGUCCACGCUACGGACGGAGACAUUGGAAAUAACUCACAAUUGUUAUACUCCAUCAACCAAGCAACUCCGUUUAUUGUCAAUCCUCAAUCUGGAGUCAUAUCUCCCAACCUAAUACUUGAUCAAGAGGAGAUCUCCAGCUACCAAUUCACAGUUACUGUUCAAGAUAGCGGCCAACCAAUUCUCUCCGCUACCGCUAUUGUCAUGGUAACACUAUCAGACAUCAACGAUAACCACCCCCUGUUCUCACAGUCCGUCUACUCUGCUGUAAUUAUAGACAAUGCACCAACGGGCGCUAGUCUCUUCCAAUUAUCAGCGACAGACCGUGAUGAGGGAUCAAAUGGUCAUGUGACCUUCGGUCUACUCCCUCUCAGUAGCUUCUUCUCGCUCAACAGCAGCACUGGGACUAUAGUCACUGCUGACAAUCUCGCUCCUGGCCUGUAUAAUUUCACCGCUGUUGCCGUGGAUUCUGGAGCACCCCCUCUCUCCUCGACGGCGUCAGUGUCCAUUCAAGUGUUGAGCUUUGACUCCACCCUUCCUCAAUUCAGCCAAUCGCUGUACGAGGGGGAGGUGGUUGAAAAUUCCCCAGAGGGGGUAUCAAUUCUCACAAUUUUGGCCGAGGACCCCCUGACUGGGGGUUCGCUCACGUACUCUAUACCCUCUACUGCUUCAACUCCUCCCUUUGCCCUCCACCCUCUCACUGGUCAGCUGACUACUAGCGGCAACCCAACGCUCGAUAGAGAGUUGCAGAAUGUCUAUCAGUUUCAAGUUACUGCUACUGCAGCUGAUGGCGAGCGAGUAGGGGUUGCCUUGGUGAUUGUUCGUGUCAGAGACGCUAACGAUUUCCCUCCUCUCUUUGUGCUACCAUCUUAUACGUUCAGUGUACCAGAAAACUCACUAGAUGCAAGUGUCGGUAACGUACUGGCCAGGGACUUGCGUGACAUUGGAAAUAAUGCAUUGAUUGUCAGUUACACUUCCUCUGAUGAAGCGUUCGCAAUAAGUGCAGAUGGGGAGAUUACUGUGGCUGAACUACUUGACAGGGAGACCAUGGAAAUGCAUGUACUCAUUGUCACGGCAAUAGACGGAGGUACACCAGCUCUCUCCGGUUCUGCAUCAGUAACUGUGAACGUACUGGACCGUAAUGACAAUCCACCAGUGUUCACAAUGGACGUGUUUGAAGGUAGUGUGCAAGAGAGACAACAGAUAGGUACCCCGGUGCUAAUCGUCAUGGCUAUCGACUCUGACAUUGAAUCAAAUGCAGUUGUGUCUUAUUCAACAAACCACACCCUCUUUAGCGUACACCCUCAAACUGGAGAGUUAUCAACAAUGGCUGAACUUGACUUUGAGACUCUAGGUAGCAUUAUUGAGGUAACCAUAUUUGCAAUGGACAGAGGAGAACCUUCUUUGUCCGCCAUGGCUCUUGCUUUAAUCACCAUUCUGGAUGUAGAUGAUUCGCCUCCAAUGUUCUCACGGCCUGAGUACAUCGUUGCAGUACUCGAAGAGCAAUUAUUCUCGGCUUUGCUGCAGUUCAAUGCCACAGAUAUUGACAGUGGUCCUAACAAUCCUCUCAUCUACGCUAUUGUCGAGGGAACGGCACAGUUUAGAAUCAGCUCUACUGGACUUCUGUCUGUCGUGCAAUCAUUGGAUAGAGAGGUAGUCGCUCAACAUGUACUCAUAAUCUCAGCAACUAGCCAGGACUUCACUGGAGCUAGUCUGUCUGCUACAGCUAGAGUGAUUGUGCAAGUAUCGGACGUAAACGAUCAUCCUCCCCAAUUCACUGGAUUGCCAUAUCAAUUCACAAUAUCUGAAGGAGCUCCUGACAAUGCUAUACUAGGCACGCUCACUGCCACGGACAAUGACAUCGGCCCUAAUGCAAACGUGAGUGGGUUUGUCUUAAUUAAUGAGGAGGAUUCUGCAGGAAUAUUUGAUCUAGACCCCCAAUCAGGGCUGUUGCGACUGUCCCUCGCCAACGAAUUGGACAGAGAGACGAUGGAUAGCUACCUGUUACAGGUGGGCGUGGCAGAUGGAGACACACCCACUAGUCUAUUCUCAAUUACCAACGUCUCUAUAACAAUCACAGACGUUAAUGACAACCCUCCAAUGUUCGAGCUCCCAGAGUAUACUACAAGCGUAAGGGAAAGUGCCAAUACAGGGCUUGUAUUUUUUACAGCUCUAGCCACUGACAAUGACCAAGGCUCUAACGCUAUGGUGUCAUACUCGUUGGUCCCACCCUCCCCUUUCUUCUCCGUCAACGCUACAACAGGGGGUGUGUUACUGGCCAGCACUGUGGACUUUGAAUCACAACAAUUCCACACUCUAACGAUUGUAGCCACAGACAUGGGGACACCUCCUCUGUCAGGCUCCACCUCCCUCCUCGUCAAUAUUAUCGAUGCUGACGACCUACCCGUUGUCUUCACACCUGACAGCUUCUCUGGGGGAGUUUUUGAGAAUUCUAACACUGGAACCCCCAUACUAACGGUAACAGCACAGGACCCGGAUACUAUACAGAGCAAUCCAAUCACUUAUUCACUUGAAGAGAACGUUCCUUUCUCGAUUGAUGCUCAAAGCGGCCUCAUUUCAGUGGCUUCAGCUAUAGAUCGAGAAACUAUCGACAUGCAUACGUUUCAAGUAUUUGCCGGCAACCUCCCGGGUAUCAGCGCUACGGCAACAGUCACUGUGGUGGUGCUGGAUGUCAACGACGUUGUACCCGUAUUUGCAAAUGAAAUUUUCGAGUUCCAAGCUCUCGAAUCAGCGACUGUUGGUAUAGAAAUAGGACAAGUAAAUGCUACUGAUGGAGACAUUGGCUCUGCUGGAGAGGUGGUGGCUUAUGGAAUUCAGGGGGGUUCUGGAGAAUUUGCUAUCGAUCCCCAGACAGGGGUUAUUACACUCGCACAGAGCUUGGACUUUGAAUUAAUGCAAGUUCAUAUUAUCACGGUAACAGCGAGAGAUGGGGGGACUUCUUCACUUACUGGCAGUGCGGAAGUGAGGAUAUCUGUACUAGACAUUAAUGACAACACUCCUCAGUUCUCCAUGGCAACGUACACUACCGUAAUUGCCGAGACAGAACCUAUUGGAGCAUUCGUUUUUACGGCACAAGCAGCUGAUGCUGACUCAGGAAUUAACCAACGUAUCACCUACUCUCUCGGCAACCCCUCGCGCUCUCAAUUUUCAAUAGACCCCCAGACUGGCGAUAUCAAUACUACUGCCCCCCUAGCCUUGCAGAACUACACAUUGACUAUGAUUGCCACUGACAACGGCACACCACCUCUUUCAAACUCGGCAGUUUUAGUUAUCCAAGUGACGGACACAAACGAACGACCACAAUUCAGCCAGCCAUUAUAUUCAGUAUCGCUAGUUGAGAAUAUGGCAGUGGGGUCGACAGUGUUGCAGGUGUCUGCUAUUGACUCGGACGUGGGGGGCAACGCUGCUAUUAUGUACGCCAUACAGACGCAGGGGGUAUUUGUAAUUGAAAAUAUUUCUGGAAAUUUGAUAUUGAAUGAGAUGUUAGAUUUUGAAGAAGUACAAUCAUACGAACGAAUCGUUAUAGCAACGGACUCAGGCACCCCUCCCCUCUCUGCUACAGCGACUGUAUUGUUUACAAUUGAAGAUAUCAAUGAUAAUAGUCCUGAGUUCAGUCAGAGUGAUUACAUAGCAAUCAUAUCCGAGGGGUUGCCAGCCGGCAGCGAGGUAAUUAGAGUGAGUGCAACGGACCGUGACAGCUCAGAUAAUGCAGUAGUUGUUUACAGCCUGAGGGAAGAUAGCCCUUUGUUUACAAUCAACCCCGUGAGUGGAGCAAUCUUCACACUACAGGAGCUAGACUUUGAAUUAUCGCAGAACUUUGCUCUAUCAGUGAUGGCACAAGACAGGGGAGAACCCCCUCUCAACAGCACAGUGGGCGUAGCAGUGCUAGUCACAGAUGUUGACGACAACCCACCCGUCUUUGACCAACAGCUGUACCAAAUCUCCGUAUCUGAGAACGCUACAAUUGGGAGUGUUUUAUUGAGUGUGAAUGCAAGCGAUCGGGACGGCAACGAAAAUGCUGCCAUACUAUACAGUCUGUCAGGUCAGGUUCCAAUUCCAUUCCAACUCGAUUCCAAUACUGGAGAUAUAACUGUCAUGGAUCCAGGAUUGGACAGAGAGUCCAUUGACAGCUACACACUUACAGUGAUUGCAAGUAAUCCUUUUUCAACUGUAUUUACUGCUACCACUAUUGUCCAAAUCAGUGUGUUGGAUUCAAAUGAUGUAGUACCAAGUUUUGACAGGGAAUUAUUUCAAUUUACGAUAUCUGAAGCUAUGGAAACAGGAUUUAGCAUCGGUACAAUAGCCGCUCGAGAUAAUGAUGUCGGAACAAAUGCACAAGUAUCAUACUCGCUUCUGCCAUCCUCCGAUUUUGUAUCAGUAGUAAUGGAAACAGGAGAACUUCAAGUUUCCGGGGAGCUGGAUUUUGAAGCCACUCCCCUUAUUGAGUUAACGCUGAUAGCCACAGAUGCUGGCACACCUCCUCUUACGUCAGCUGUCACCGUGCAAGUGAUCUUAACGGACGUUAAUGAUGUCCAGCCUCUUGUCACCUUCACUCAGAGCCAAUUCCAAUAUAUUGAAGAGUCCGCUCCGAUAAAUAUCGCAGGGAGUAUCUCUAUCAUUGACCCAGACACUUCAUCCCUGCAGAAUGCCGUGGUGAUGCUUACCCUCGGGUCCAAUGGGGUCCCUCCCCCCUCGGACUUCAUACAGCUGGAUCGUGGGUUCAGUGAAAGCCAAGGUCUUGUUCUCACUGCCUCUGCAAAUCUUAUCAAUAUCACUGGCCCAGCCACCCCACAAGUGUAUACCAGCGUCAUGUCACGACUGCAAUUUGGCAGCACGGCAGGAGAACCACUGAACGGCCUCAGGCAAAUUAGCCUGCAAGUAUCCGAUGGUGUUUUUACCAGCAAUGUUGGGGUGAUCUCCGUUUCUGUGGUAACAAUCAAUGAUAAUCCCCCGGUGUUGGAUCUGAGUGUUGCUAUGGAUGGUGUGGGCUAUCAGACAACUUUUGUGGAGGGCGGAUCGUUUGUAUUUUUAGUAGCUGGAGAUGCAAUGUUAACCGACUUAGACGGUGAUGUGAUAGAGGCAGUUUUAGUUAACCUCACUAACCCUCUGGAUGGUACGCAAGAGGUAAUCAGCUCCAUCUCAUUCGGAUCUGUCACUGUGGAAGCAACCGGCCACAUCCUCUCACUCAUAGGCCCCGCCUCUAUAUCGGAGUUCGAGUUGAUCUUGCAAACAGUUACUUACGAGAACAGAGCAGGAGAACCAAGCGAUACUCAGACUCCUCGAUUGGUGGAGUUUACAGUUACUGAUGGCAACCUAACCAGUAAUCCAGCUGUAACCAGUGUUCGAAUACAGCUUGUGAACGACCCCCCCUCUCUCUUCCUGGGGGGUACUGUUAGGGACGUUACCCUUACCUAUUUCGAAACCGACGCCAAUCUUCUGUUAUUUCCAAUGAAUUUUGUCCUGUCAGAUUCUGAUUCAGAGCAAAUCUCGUUUGUGAAUAUAACUAUAAUUAAUUUUGAGCCUAUAGUUGAUCGAUUCUUGUUUUCAGCAGAGGGCAGUAACCUCACAAUUGAAGUUCUAAGCGGUACACUUUUGGUGAGCGGGCCGGCAGCCAUUGAAGACUUUGAGGAUUUCCUAACUAGUGUGGCUUACCUCAACACGCUGGUGGACAGCGAGGAGAUGGACCAACUACAGGGAGGAAAGGUUGUCGUAUAUUCUGUCAGCGAUGGCUUCCAAACGAGUGCAGUAGCCAUGGCAUUUAUCACAUUCUCUGCUGUUAAUGAUCCUCCGUUUAUAGAUCUCAACGGACCAGAAGAAGGGACAGACUUCUUUGCAGUUCUCACCGAGGGAGAUACUUCUAUACCCAUUGUGUCCAACCAAGCCACCCUCACUGAUAGCGACUCUGACACCUUGAUAUUCGUGAGUGCUCACUUACAAGCUGCACUCGAUGGCGGCCAAGAAUUGUUGAGUGUAUCAAGUUCUAGCAACAUCAAUGCACUCUUCAACACCUCUACUAAUCAGCUCAUCCUAACGGGACCUGCAACAGUUGAGGAAUUUCAGGUUAUUCUGCUCACUAUGGUUUAUCAACAUCUCGGACCUGAACCCACCCCUGGAAUCCGUGUAGUAACUAUAGUAACAAGCGACGGAGAAGCGUUGAGUUUGCCGGCCGUCUCUAGAAUCAAUGUGCAGAGUAUCAACGAUCCUCCUCUCAUCGUUUUCGACCUCACUAAUACCCCAUUCACAGAGGGUGGACCUCCAGUGGCUUUGCUUACAAGUGUGAGUGUAUCUGAUCCAGAUAAUCUACUACUGGCCUUCGCUACCGUAACCAUCGACAAUGCCCAAGAUUCUCUGCAGGAGGUCAUAUUCAGUCAAGUGGGUGGAGUCAAUGUAACCACAUCACAAGCCGGCAGUAGACUAUCGUUUACAUUCAUCCUAUCAUCACCAACUGUUGAGAAUUUUGAAUUUUUUCUAGCUGGACUAUUUUACAAUAAUCUCGCAAGUGAGCCGACCCCUGGGGGCAGAAAUAUUACCCUGGUCUUAUCUGAUGGGGAAGAUCUCAGUGCCCCUGUAAUUAUCACCCUCGUUGUGGAGGAAAUAAACGACAACAGCCCCGUAUUUCAAAACCCCCCCGCUCAAGUUAACGUGUUGGAGAAUGCAAUUGUUGGAACAGAUGUUUAUCAACCAACCGUAUUCGAUGAAGAUGCUAAUUCUGAAAUUACUUACUUCCUAUUGGACUCUUCCUCUAUGUUCAAUAUCUCUGCUAGCAGUGGUCUGGUGACAUUAGGGCGUGGUCUGGAUAGAGAGACUAGAAGCUCCUACCUCCUCACCCUCACAGCCUCGGACGGACUUAACACAGUGGAGCUAUCUUUCCUUGUUGUGGUACUGGAUGUCAAUGAUGUCUCACCCGUGUUUCAACAACCACUGUACACAGAGAAUGUGGAUGAGAACACUCCGCUCAACACUCUGGUAACUAUAGUGACAGCUAGCGACGAGGAUGCUGGUACCAACGCUCAGUUGAGGUAUGCAAUCAGUGCUGGAAAUCUAGAGAAUGUAUUCGCUAUCGAUAGUAGCAACGGUAGUGUUUCAGUUGUUGGUAGUUUGGAUUUUGAGAGAGUGGAGUCUUACAGUUUAAUGGUGAUAGCACGAGACAUGGGAGAACCUGCUCGUACUGGCACAGCGUUUGUCGUUGUGUCGGUUAGGAAUGUAAAUGAUAAUCCACCCAUUUUCAAUCCCAAUUUUGUGUCCAUCGAAUGGACUGAAGAUACCCCUAUCAACACGGUAAUCUACACUGCUAUGGCAACAGAUAACGAUGCAAACGCGGAACUAGCCUACAGUCUGAUAUCUGGUGAUGAAAUUUUGUUUAGAAUUGAAUCUCUUUCUGGAAAUGUAAUUUUAAUAUCUCCCCUUGACUUUGAAAAAAACAGUUCACAUAACCUGGAACUUCAAGUUUAUGAUGGACAGUUUACUGAUUUGUUGCAGCUGAACAUUACUGUCGGAGAUGUUAAUGAUAAUAGACCCAUUUUUGAACUGAACAGUUUCUCUGUUAGUAUUUCUGAGAAUGCAUCCAUUGGAGUGAACAUACUAGCCGGACUGUUGGUGGUGAGAGAUGAGGACGAAGGGUCUAAUGCAGCUGUGCAGUUUGUCAUCGAGUCAGGUGAUCCUCUCAAUCAAUUUGCCUUCAAUAUUGUCAACAUCAACACAGCACAACUUGUUCUGAUUGGACGCCUGGACAGAGAGACUCGAGAUAGUUACUUGGUAACGAUUGUUGCUCGAAAUCCCAACAACCGUCUUCAAAACGACACUGCAAUUGUCAAUAUUCAAGUGGAAGAUGUAAACGACUUUUCUCCAGUGUUCAAUUCUUCUCAAUAUGUAUUCUCCAUCAAGGAACAUGUUUCACUCGGAAGUACAGUUGGUACUGUGUUUGCUGUGGACCAAGAUAUUGGCUCUAAUGGUCAUGUGAAUUAUGAUAUCGUCUCAGGUGAUCCUGAUGGGGAUUUUAAUAUUUCUACAACUGGCCAGAUACGAGUGUCACGUGUACUGGAUAGAGAGAUGACAUCACAAUAUACCUUGGAGGUAUCAGCGCAAGACAGGGGGAGUCCUCCUCUCUCCACGACAACCAUUGUCGACAUCUCAGUAGGGGACAUUAACGACCACAGGCCGCAGUUUAUAAUGGACGUUAUUCAAGUGACUCUACCAGAGAACUCUUCUGGAGGUACAUCGUUGACCACCCUCCAAGCCACGGACUCAGAUGAAGGCAUUAACGCACAAAUACAGUACAGCGUACAUCCUGCCAAUACAUCGCAAUUUUUCAUCAACCAAAACGGGACACUAUUCACCUUGGAAACAUUUGACUACGAGACUGACCCCAGUAUACUGGAAGUCAUUGUACUGGCUACUGAUGGGGGCUCACCAUUUCUAGUUACGGAGGCACGGGUGAUUAUAUUUUUAUUGAAUGUCAAUGAAUUUCCUCCAGUGUUUGAGGAGGCUGUGUAUAGUGUGUCGGUGCUCGAGAGUGUGGCUACCAUGACGACAAUAACAACAGUGUCCGCUACUGACAUGGAUGGCGGGGAUGCAGGAGAAAUAGAGUAUAUCAUCCUCCUGCAUAAUGUUCCGUUCGCCAUUGACAAUGUUACAGGUGAUGUGUUUACUACUGAACUCCUGGACAGGGAAAUAUUAUCCUCAUACGAGUUUACAAUCUCAGCGACCAAUCCGCUUGGAGAUCCUCCCAUGGUUUCCACAACUACUAUACGAGUGACGCUACAAGACGUCAAUGACAACCAGCCUAUUUUCAGCAGGAACACUUAUAGCGGGGUAAUCACCACACGCACACAAGUGGGUACGGCAAUACUUUCCGUGUCAGCUGUGGACUCCGAUCUCGAUGGCAACGGAGCCAUUGAAUACUCUCUAAUAGAGCAGAGUAAUUUGUUUAUUGUGGAUCUGUUGUCAGGAGAAGUGACUCUAAUUAGUGAGAUCAGUGAUGCAGAGACGUUCCAACUGGUUGUGAUGGCUACUGAUCAAGGCAACCCUCGACUGAGCAGCAACGCCACGGUGAUUAUCAGGGUCGUACCCCCAGUACAAGUGGAGUUCUCACAGGAUGGAGCUGGUUUCUUAUUAGCCGGGGCCUCAGCGGUACAGCAGCCUAUAGGUCUGUUUGCCAACUUUCCCCUUGCUAGCGAUGGAACACUAACGGCUAGGCUAGGAAAUUCUACAACCCAUGCCCCUUACUCCACCCACCUCCCCCCUGCCGUCAGUGUGAGGGGGGCACUACUAACUGACAUAGUGUGGCAUGAUCUACCAGAGAUACAAGUGGUGGUACAAGUAUCCGAUGCAAGUGGUGAUGUUCAUUGCACACCAACGCAAGUCGCUGUUCGAGUUCUACCCGAUUCUGUCCUAGCAACGAUUGCCGAUACUACGCCUCAGAUUACCUGCACCUCCUCACCAACCACAGGCCUGUGUGAGGCCACUCUCCCUCUCCCAGACGUCUGGUUCACCUCCUCACUCAGUACCCGCUCUGUGUCUGUUGAUAUUCGCCUUCUGGACUCGUUAGACACACCCACAAUUAUCGGCAGUGUGAUUGUUACUCCUCAACCCCCUCUGAACUUUUUCAACAAUGUUGCCGUAGUAUUGCCAUCACGACCAUUGUCCCCUGCCCAAUUGUUUACGGCUCCAUUGUACGCACAUGCUAGCUACCCUGUGUCCACAUUAAGUGUGAGAUGUGCUUGUGAUGGAUUGUCUAUCGAGAAUUUGGAAAUUAAUGAAGCAGUGUGGAUAUCUGAAGUACGACCAUUACAGUACCAAAGUGGACAGGAAGUGGGUGUGGUCAUAAUACUUCGAGACCCAGAGUCAAUAUCAGCUGAUACUGUCGUCCAACCACAAUUGAUUUUGUCUUUUCAAAUGCGAGUGUUAAUGUCAGCUGUACCUGGAAGCGUGGCGACCAUAAAUUGUACGACACUAUAUCUUGGAAAUGUGUUUAAUGAGAAGAUACAGCCUCAAGGUCAUGUGACACCCACCCCCUCUCUCAUUAUUGAUUCCAAUACAACGAACUCUCCGACAGUUGGUGAAGUGAGAAUUGCUCAAAAUAUACCCAAAGCAUUGUUUUCGUUCGCGGACCAAGCACAAAUAGUUAACACCGCUGUGUUUAGUGGAAGUACAUCAAAUAUUCGCAUCAACCAUCUUGUAGCAAUGUCUUUCGGAGGUUUGGUCCUAGCGAGCAAUAUUAAUUGUCAAUGGCGCUCCCCUGCAUUCACUAUCACCCCCCAGUGUGAUCAGAUCGUUAUCAAUGGCUCGGAAACGUCAGCAGCUGACAAUGAACUUAUCACAACUGAAUAUCAAGGAUUGACUUCAUCUCUCACCCUUCGUGUGUGGUUCCCCUCUGCAGAUGUAUCUCUAGAAAGCCUCCCGUCAACUCUGAGUCCCGUCCUAGGCUGGCUGGCCCCCAACUCUACUGGGCAAUGCUCUCAACGCUACCAGAGGGGGGUGCUCCAAGCCAACGCCCACUACUCGUACAGCCCCUCCUCUCCUGUCUUCACUGUGUCCAUUCUACCACUGAUAUCACGUCAUUUGGUCUCCUCUGAUCUGUCAGUUGUGUCUGUGGGAGGUGAUGGAUUGCUGACUGCUCUGUCUACAGGAUCUAGUAUAAUCUCCGCUGGGGAUAGUGUUGGACCAGUUGUUGUUACAGUAACGGACGAAGCUGUACAAGUAGCUGCACUGGAUGUCACGGUGUUUAGUGGCCUGACUAUCAGCCUACCCCCCUCUCCGUAUCCAAUCGGAUCUACUCAACUAGGAUCUGUCGUAAUUGAGCAAGAAUUCAAUUCUGUGUCUUCUCCUGUACUUGUUGCCAUGUUAGCAGCUGCCUCUGACGGCUCUGUGAUGUCCCUGACGGAGGCGGAAGCAAUACGCUUGGUCAGCCUCGACGAGACAGUGGUGCAAUCAAACAAUGGUGCUCUGGCACUGGUUGGAAUGGGCAGCGGAGAGUUGAUACGAGUUGAUUGGUUAUCUGUUUGUACUGGAAAUAUAAUCGCCUCAGGACGUGGACUAAUCGAUGCUCGAGUACCCGAUCCGAUUGGUUUUGAUCUGAGCCUCUCCUCGUCGUUAGUAACAUACCCUGAGGACAUGGCAACCGUAGGGGGAGUCCCCACGUCAUCCACCCUCACCGUCUCAUUGGUUUAUCCUGACAGCUUACAGAGGGACGUAACAGAGGACCCACAAACCACCCUCACAUUAACUAAAGGAGAAAACCUGGUCAGUCUGGAUAUUGCCAAUAAUAUAAUCAAUAUUAUACCAAUUAACCAAAACAUGUUAGUAGGAGAAGUUACGAUUACUAUCGGUUUUGGUCCAAUAUCGAAAAACAUUUCAAUCACUGUUGUUGUCUAUCAAGGAGUGCGUAUACUCUCCACCCCUUUCCCCGCCUACUCUGGCUCCAGCUCCGUCUCGAAAACCACCCUCUUCAGAAUUGAACAAACUAAUCUCUACCAGUCUGCAUUGCUGCAGCUUGAUGCGAUAUUAUCUGAUGGUUCUGCUGUUAACUCACCUCUUGCCUUGUUUGACACCACCUCCCCUCAACUCUCACUCAGCGGAAAUGUUGUGAGCGCCUCUCAAGCUGGCACUUAUGAGGUCAGAGGUCAACUGGGACCUGACGAUGCUGUUAUUCAAUUGAACGUAUCUGACAAUACUGUUUUUGUGACAUCGUUUCUACAAUUCUCCUCUAUGGUAGAUAAUGACACAUUUAGUGGUACUGUCGGAGCUACUGCCUCCCUCAGCCUCGAUGUUCAAUUCAGCGAUUCUACCAUUUUCAAUAAUUUUUUACCUGUCCUUGCCGAAUCUGUUUCAGAUAUAAUCUCCUUGACUACAGACACACCUGGAGCCAUUACCAUUGACUCCACAUCGGCUACUCUGUUUCUUCUUAACAAUCACCACUCAUUGGUGACAGUUACAGUUACUAAGCGACCAAACAACGAACCUCAAGCACAAGUGAGCUUUGCUUGCAAUCUAGUACCAGCUGUAGGCGAUGUCGACCUUGGAGCUAUCAAUGGAAUACCACUUCCCAGUUUAACUCAAGGUUCGAUUCUCACUGUUCCUGUACACAUCAAUGCCGGAGCUCAGCGGCUGGUUAACUUCAGUCUAGCACUGGUGUAUGAUAAUGAUCGAUUGAGUCUUUCUAGUGUGGAUACAGUUUGGCCAGGUGGUAGUCUGCAACACUCCGAUACUCCAGCGGCAGGUCUGCUCACUCUUACAGGCUCACAUUCGACCGGCAUAUCUGGACUGGUUCAUGUGGGCACGCUUAAGUUUGACACCCUCGCUAGUGGCAUGGCAACAAUUGAGGGAUUGGUGUUGCAGCUGACUGAUGACCAAGGACUCGAUAUUGGCAAUGGAGGUACUAGACAGUUUAUUGCUGGACGCGGGAGUGUGGAGAUUUUGCCUGGUAUUAAUAAGAGAAGUAUUCACACCAGAGGAAGAAGAAACGUCGUUUGUAGCACUGCUCUACCUUGUGAGUCAUGCCCCUCAAUCAGAGAAAGGGGAGACACGAACGGAGAUUGUAUAUUUAAUAGUCUGGACCCUCUCUUUAUGUUGAGCUAUUUUGCCGAGGAUAUAUUUGAGUUUCAAUUACCCUCAGGCAUUUCGCUGAAUUCCUCACUAAUAUCUGAGCAGCUGGAACAGUUUGAUGCUGACCUAAAUACAGCUGUGGACCCGCAGGAUAUCUACUUCCUCCACCAAAUCCAAACAGGCCUGCUAAACUUCCUGACUGAUGUGAGUAUACUUCCCAUUCAAGACAAUCCUUCUUGUACACUGGCAAUCAACUGUACGCUAACAAACCAUUCGCAAAGCAGCACACAGGUUUUAUUUGAUCUCUCUCUGCCGUUUGAUGCUACCUUCGCAAGACAGCAAGUGUUUGAACAGUCUGUGUACAUACGAGGAGCUCCUGUGAGUGGAGGCAACAAAGGUUUAGUGUUGCAAGGAGGACUGGUUGAAGCUGUUGAACUGGAACCUGGUGUGUACGGUAUUGAACUACGAACUAACUUAACGCUAACGGACAUUGGAGUGAGUGUGAUACAAGUUACGUCUGAACAUGGACUUGGAACGAACCAUGCCAGAACAAGAGCAAUGUUUGGUCAUCCGGAUCCCCCUCACGCCUAUCCCAACAUGCUGGAUGUAUCUCUAUCAGUGUUCUCUGGUGAUACAAGAAUCAUCGCUAGCAAUGGCUACUCUCCCUUCACCUCUUUCAGCAAUACAUUCACGACAACCGCCUGUCAGCAACCACCAGAGCCGCCAGUUUUCAACCAAACCUUCUACUCGACUUCCGUUCCCGAGAACACUCCGCAAGGCACACCCAUUCUCACAGUGCUUGCACGAAGCAACAGCCCAUUCGCGGCCACUUACAGUAUAGCCUCAGGCAAUGCAGGCGGAGUGUUCAGUAUCGACCAGACCUCAGGUGUUUUAUCAGUGAUUGAUGUGCUAGACUACGAGACAAGGAUCUCCUAUAUGCUGGAAAUCUUAGCCACUGAUCCAGCUACUGGUUUCACGUCUACAGCCAGUGCAGACAUCCUACUGAUCGAUAUCAAUGAUAAUCGCCCGGUGUUUACUGAAUUUGUAACUGAAAUAACUCUCGAAGAUAAUACACCUGUUAACAGUUUGGUUACUGUGGUAAUAGCCGAGGAUACCGACAGUGAAGUAAGUGGUGAAGUCCGAUACGAUAUCCAUAGUGAUGGAGACACUUUUGCUAUCAAUGCUGAGUUAGGUGUAGUCACAGUUGCACGUGUUUUGAACUUUGAUGUCCAAAGUAAUUACAUUGUAAUUAUAACGGCGAACGACCAGGGACUCCCCCCUCUCUCGUCCAAUCUAACAGUGAACAUAACGAUUCUUCCCUCCGACCCAACAGUGCUCGAGUUUGAGGAGCCAUUUGUCAUGACUACAAUCCCAGAGAACUCAUCGAAUGGAACGACGGUGCUCGAAGUGGUGGCCUUCCCUGUUUCUGGGGAGACUGAUGGUACUGAAGUGGUGGAGUAUUUUAUAGACGCUACUGUCCCCGUGCCAUUUGCUGUUGAUUCUGAGACGGGUGUGAUAUCGGUGGCUGGUGAGUUGGAUAGAGAAACUGUUGACUCGUAUCAAUUUAUAGUGCGAGGAGUGUUGGUGAACGAUGUUAGAGCCGUGCCAGCACAAACUGCCAUCUUUGUAACUGUCUCUGAUGUGAAUGAUAAUCGACCACUGUUUGAACAAGACUCCUAUCAGGCAAAUCUCCGUGAGAAUGAACCCUCAGGCACACUACAGCUGACUCUUAGAGCUAUAGACGUUGAUCAAGGGCAGAAUGCCAAUAUCAGCUACUCGUUAUUGCAACCCUCCGAUAUCAUCGCCGUGGAAAGCAUAAGUGGGGUGCUCACUAACACACGGCCAGUGGACUAUGAGCUGACUCAGCAGGUGGUGGUUAUUGUGCUAGCAACGGAUGCUGGAACUCCUGCUCUAUCUGCUGAGAUCAAUGUUACCAUAACAAUUGUUGAUGAAAAUGAUAAUCGACCUACGAUACAUUUGUCCAGCCAACAAGAAUUCCUCCGGGAGAAUGUUACUAUAGGAACAGCAGUGGCCCAAGCUAACGCUACAGACUUGGACCUUGCAGACAGUAUAUUAUUCAGUUUACUAAUGGCUGAUACUACUGGAGGAAGAGUACCAAGUAUUGACUUCAUCAUCGAUGAAUAUACCGGACAAAUAACCACUUCAGCUUCUCUAGACUAUGAGAUGGUAUUGUUCUACGAACUAGUGGUCAUGGCAACUGAUAACGGAGGACUGAGUUCAGAGGCUGUACUAUUGGUGAACAUAACUGAUGUGAAUGAUAACUCACCCACUUUUGCACAGAACAACUUUAAUCUAUCUGUCCGUGAAGAUACUGCAAUAGGAGCUACUCUAUUUGUGCUGGAUACUACUGACAACGAUUCACCCUCAAACUCUGAAACUGUCUAUACCUUAAUCACCAGUGAUCCAUUUGUAUCUACACUGUUCAAUGUAAGCGCUGCAGGGGAACUGACACUUAGCUCCCCUCUAGACUACGAGACACAGGCAAGCUAUGUAUUAACAGUGAGAGCCUCCAACACUGCCCCAGGGGCUGCCUCCAGCACUGCAAAUAUCACAAUCAUGGUAAUCGAUGUCAACGAAUUUGCACCAGUCUUUACACAAAUGAUGUACAAUGCAACAAUUGAGGAAGAAGCACAAUCUGGAGUGUUUGUAGUGCAAGCCUCAGCUACUGAUCAAGAUGGAACAGCUGCAAUCACAUACUCCAUUAAUCUACAAGAGUUUCUAGUCGUUGCCAACGGAAGCAUUUUCACCACACAGCCACUGGACAGAGAAAAUAUAAGUCUGUAUGAGAUAACAGUGACAGCCAGUGAUAAUAACAUUCCUGGACGAAAUGCAUCAAGUGUUGUUUUGGUCUAUCUCUCUGAUAUCAACGACAACCCCCCAUCACUUAGCUCCCCCACAGAGUUGACCAUCUCUGAAACUAUGAGUGUAGGUACAGAGGUACUAAAACUGACUGCUAUGGACCCUGAUGAUGGAUUAAAUGGAGAGAUUGGAAGCUUUACCUUGCUCACUUUAUCUGAUAGCUUCAACUUAACUCUCAGCGGAAGCCUUGUAAUUACUAUGCAAUUGGAUGCCGUUAUUGUACCACAAAAUAUUCUAUUAAUACAAGUGAACGAUCUGGGAGCUCCUCCUCUCUCCUCUACAACCUCGCUAACAGUUAAUGUUGAGCCUUCCCUUGCACCAAUGUUCACUCAAGCACGAUACACGGCUUCUAUAGCGGAGAACAACGAACCAAAUACAUUCCUGCUACAAGUUCAGGCAACGUCCAGACAUCAAAUGGUUACCAUUGUCGGCUACUUUCUCAGUCCUGAUUCCAUUCCACUGGCUGGUGUGUUUGCAGUUGACGAAAACACUGGGAACGUAACUGUGCUUGAAUCAUUGGACCGUGAAGCACGUGAUUCGUACUCUCUAACUAUAAUAGUUGAAGCUUUGUUCAAUGGAACUAUUCUAACGGCCGCUGCUCCACUCAAUGUUACCGUUGUAGAUGUGAAUGAUAAUCCCCCUCUCUUUGACCAGCAACAAAAUGUUGUGUUUGUACCAGAGACAGUAAGAGCUGACUCUGCAAUCAUCAUGCUUCAAGCUAGUGAUAAUGACACAGGUGGCAAUGCUCACAUUGAAUACACCAUAGCAACUGGUAACGAAGAGAAUCUGUUUAGAAUUGAAGCGAAUGGAACUAUUUUUGCAACCACUUAUCUUCUUGGAAGAGUUGGCAAUUAUACACUAAGUGUUUUAGCCACAAAUCCUGUUGAAGUCGGAGCUCUCAACUCCACAGCAGAAGUUCUGAUUGCUAUUCAACCUGUUAACACUUUCACACCUCAGUUCUCACAGCCAGCAUAUAUUGUUAAUAUAUCCGAGAGCAGUAACGUUGGAGCUUUGCUGGGGAUCCUGGUAGCCAUGGACGCUGACGAGGGAACAGCUGGAGAUAUUACCUACAGAAUCCAGUCUGACGGUAGCAGUGGACGUUUUACCAUUAACUCGACCUCUGGUGAACUCUUCCUCAGCGAUACAGUGGAUUACGAGCUCCAAACCACCUUUAACCUCAACGUUACUGCCACAGACGCUGGCACACCUCCUUUUUCAUCAGUGGUUUUGGUGACAAUCGAAGUCCAAGAUGUUAAUGAUCAGCGGCCAAUCUUCACAUCUCCACUUUUUGUUUCGGAGGUGGAUGAGGGAUUACAAGCUGGCGCUGUGGUCACUAUCCUCACAUACAACGAUGAGGACUCUCCACCAAAUGCACAGGUGGUUUUCAAUGUUCCAUCAGACGUUGCCUCUCUCUUUGCAAUCUCCAUUAACGGUACAGUGCAAACAUUGGCACCUCUGGAUCGAGAAAAUGUACCUAGCUAUACAUUUACGGUGACUGCUGUUAACGAAGGGGGCGGAGUAACUCUCACUGGAACCACCACCCUACAAAUCACUGUGGAGGACGUCAAUGAUAACAACCCACUGCUGAGUCAGCGUAUGUACGCUCGUGUCCUCCAAGCACCUGUCUCUGCUAAUACAUCACUUUUAACUGUGCAAGCUUCGGAUGCUGAUGCCCCAGGGCCCAACUCUCAACUCUCAUUCUCAUUGGUCAAUUCUAGUGGCGUAUUUGCUAUUGGUACAACAACAGGAACGAUAUCAAUUAUCAGUGAAAUUAAAAACGCUGGAAAUUUCUCGUUUGCAAUUGAGGUGACUGAUCAAGGCCAACCACCCCUUAGUAGCAAUGCUACUGUCAUGGUAACGGUACUACCAGCUGAUGACUUAACUGCAGGAAGAGAAAGAGACUUUGUGUUUACAGCUGAUCGUGGAAUUCAUCUCGUUGGAGCUUCCGCUGAAGUUAUGGUGGGUGUGUACAACCAUCAGUAUGGAUACGCUAUUGGUAGGAAUGUGUUUGAGAGUAGACGAGUGAGUGUUGGUCUAGGCCCUCUGUCAGCUACCCAGACAGUGUCCCCUUCCCGACGGCCUGCCGUAAGUGUGGCUGCCAUUCUUGUCAACACUUUUGUCUGGCAUGAUAGCCCUAGUGUACAACUGGUCGUACAAGUAAGAGACGAAGCCGGUAGCGUACAUACUGCAGGCACCUCCGUAUUUGGUAUGGCCACCCAUCCAUCUCUUGGCCCAUCGCAGCAGAGCAACUGCUCCACAAGAUCGUCUGAUGGCACUUGUAUGAUAUCUGUACCUAUACCUUUAAACUGGUUCAGCAGUAGCGAGGUUGUUAAUGUACAGUAUGGACUCUCCAGUACAACUUUGCAAACUGCAGGAAGGGUAGAAAUACAGCCACAAAUUUUAUUCACGUCCUCUGAUAACAUCUACGUCUACAUGGAGAUGCCAUUCCAAGAUCUCUUCAGAAGAGACCGUUUCUCUGUGACUGUGUAUGGACAGGCUGGCUCUAAAGCAGUUGGUUCUUUCACCAUAUCCGUGAUAGGUUCCAGUGACAUUGUUCUGACUAGUUUGACUGUAGAUGGCUCAGUGUGGCAAGCAGAGACUGGAGUGAGUGGUGAUGGAAGUAGGACAAUAAUAGCAGUCAGAGCUGAUCAAACGAUAGUCCCUCCAUCUGGUCGAGUUGUUUUGUUCACGAUUAAUGCACAAGUUUCAGGGAGCAGCACAUUGGAUACUCUACUUACCAAUGCUAUGAUGUGUACAGUAACAGAUUUGAGUGAUUUUGAUAGAAUGAGAGUACUGCCACCGCCUGGAGAGACUGCUCAACUAUCGAUGACGUUGUCACGAAAUGGAAUCACUACUUCAGGUGCAGUGUAUGUAGCUGCUGAUCGAACUGUAGGCCUGUUGCCUUAUACGGAGUCAUCAGAACUCAUCAAUACUGCUUUGCUCAAUAGAGAACCAGUGAUUAGUCCUCUAACAGUCUUGGAGGUUAGGCUAACUGGUAAUGUGUUAUCGUCCACCACUCCCCUCUUGUGUGAGACUGCCAACCCGUCUGUCGUCUCGGUGAGUACAGAUUGCGCCAGUGUCAUGGUAACUCAGGACAACACUCAAGCAUCUACUAGUGUGGAGAUUUCUAUCACUCAAGGAACAUUGUCUGCCUCCACCCCCAUACGUGUGUGGAUACCUCAAACAGCACUCAGGGCCUCACUAUCUGAUACCAUUCUCAACAGAAUACCUGGUCUGGCUACUAGUACUGAGGCAUGCUCUCCCAUCUACCAAACUGCACACCUCACUGUUUUUGCCGAUUUCACCGACUCUCAAGAAAUUAUACAAAACAUUGACAUCACUGAUAUGAUAUCCAGUCUUGUGACCACAUCUGAUUCUACUAUUCUAUCUGCUAAUGAAAGGACAGUGAGUGGUAUUUCUGCAGGUAUUGCUGAGCUGCAAUACCAAUCGCCAUCACAGCCAUCAGGUAGAGAGUUUACUAUUAAGGUGAAUGUAACUGAUGCAGCGGUGGAAGUAUUAGGAUUGGACGUUCAAGUGCUGACUCUAUUGACUGCUGAUGGAUUGAAUAAUAUUGAUAGACUAUCGACAACAUCGCUCACUCUAACUACUGAACAGGUGUUUGACUUUGAAGGCACUCAGGGAGUUGUUAUUUCAACUGCUGUUUUUGCUGAUGGUACAAGAUCUCUACUCAAUCAAAGCUCAGUAACCUACCAAUCCCUCGACUCAGACAUUAUUUCUGUUUCUGGGUCUACAGUGACUGCAUUGGCCUCUGGAGAAGGGGACCUCAUACGAGCAAUAUGGACACAACCACAAGACUGCGGCCUGGAACCGAUAGCAACGGGAAUAGGUAUUGUACGAGUAACCAUUCCACAACCUGUUCGUAUUGAUGUUAUUGCACAGACAGUUUUGACUAGAGCUGGAAGUAUAGCCGAGUCUAUAAAUGUACCUACAGCUACGAGUGUAUCUAUCACAGCUGUGUACAGUGAUGGUCGGAGUCAAGAUCUCUCUAAUGAUAACCGGACUCGAUACAUUGUACCCUCCGACCUUAUAUUGGUGAGAAGUGAUGAUGUCAUACUAUCCGUAAACAGCGAAGCAACUCCUGGAAACUAUGUAAUACAAAUCUCAUUCGCUCAAUUUCCAAGCCUGGGGCAAAGUGUGACAAUCAGCGUUGUUGAACUGGAAGAUAUUGUUUUGUCAGCCACCCCCUUUCCGAUCUACCCUGGAUCUAGCAACACGUUUAUAACCCAGCUCCAAAUAAUUGCUGCCACUGGUGUUAGACAAAAGGCAUUAGUUGCAGCUAAUGGAAUUCUGAGCAAUAGCGAAAUAAGGAGUAUAUCAUUCCAUCCUGAAUUGACAUUUGAGAUCACCGAGGAUCAGAAUUUACAGUCACGCAUUGAUCGAUCUGCCUCAGGCAAUGUACUAACCGUACCAUCCGUGUCACAACUUGACAGUGUUAUCAGUAUAUCUGCAAUGCUAGGACGAGUUGAUUCGUCUACUCCCCUGCAAUUAACCAUCUCAUCAAAUGAAGUUGACAUAUCUGUAAUUAAUAUUGAGAACUUUCCCAGCUUCACGUUCAAUGGAAUAGCCGACUCAGCACAACACCAAGUAGUGUUCACAGCUAUAUUUCAAGAUGGUACCCAGUAUGUCAAUCUGUUUCGAGACAACAGCCUUCCUAACCUUGUCACCUUCGAUGCUCCGUCCUCUGCAGUCGAUAUUGAUCGUCUUACUGGAGUUUCCACGCUUAGAAGGAACUUGCCAACCACAGCAACUAUCACUGUCGAGGCUAUCAACAAUUUGAUUGAGUCGAGUAUCAAUUUUUUCACCAACCUUGACCCAGACAUAGGAGACGUUGACCUUGGGGAACUCACAGGUCCACCCCUCCCCCCCAUAACAAUGGGACAAACGUUUACUGUUCCUGUUAGAGUCAAUUCUGGUUCAACCAUACUUGGCUCUAUUGAACUGGACAUUGCUUUUGACCCGUCUACAAUUCGUGCUGUGUCAGCUAUUGCAGGACCUGACUGGCCAGCUGGUGGUAAUUUUGUUCCUACCUUAAACGACCCACUAGAAAUAGUUUCAUUGGGUGGAACACUGGUAGGAGGAGCUCCUGUUUCUGGCCUCUCCCAUCUUGCUGACGUCACGUUCGAAGUGGUGGGAACAGGUACUACUGAUGUGUCAGGGACGGUGGUCACAUUAGCCGAUGUGGGAACUCUUGGAGCUCCAGCUGAGAACAUAGGUACUGUACCACGGCCAUUCAUUGCUGGGAACGUUCAGAUCCAACUGAAUGGUGGUGUAGGAAAACGAGAUAUUUCCUACCAAACAAGAAAUGUCCAAACGAGGCGAGUAAAGAGACAGACUGCUUGCUCUGAUGAUUCUCCGAGAGAAACUGGUGAUCUUGAUGGGAAUUGUGUUUUUGAUGUGAGAGAUGGAGCCUUUUUGCAACAAUACAUACUCCAAUCACUAACCACAGGAACACCUCCAGCCCUCCCCGCUAAUAGAGCUAUGUUCCUUGACAUAGAUGCAAAUGGUAGAGUGGAUGUCAAUGACGUGGUAUUCAUGCUGAGAGUUAACUUCCGAUUGCUGCGAUUCUUUCUCAAUCCAAAGUUUGAUGCUGUUGACGAUUCUGAAAGCUGUCAACUCACAUUCAAUGUAUCUUUAUUGCAGGGAGGAGACUCUCCAGCAAGCAGCUCAACUACUUCACUAGUUAUUGAUAUUGCCCACUCAGACUCUGACUUCCAAGACGAAUUUGAUGCUUCAAAUUUUACCACAGGUUUUCUCUUACCCACACCCAAAGGGAUGGGGCUGCAUGGAGGUCUUGUACUGGCUGCUUAUCUUGGUGAUGGAGUGUAUGGUUUCACAAUGAACACAGCUAUAAGCAAAACACUAAUUGGUUUGUCUCUUAUUCAAGUAAUAUUUGAUAACAAUAAUGACACCUCUGCAGCGAGAACUGCAGCCUUGUUCUCACAGUCUGGCCCUCGCUAUGGUAACCUUGAUGUCACACUCUCACUACGUCAACAAAGUGUACCUAUAUCCACUCAACUUGGCUACUCCCCCCUCUACUUGUUUGAUAGCGUACAGACGACUGAAGUGUGUCUCUUUGAAAAACAACCACUCAGAUUCAUCAACAGUACCUACUCUGCUAGCAUCAAUGAGAGUGUCCUAGUUGGCACUGAAGUGCUGGCCCUGUCUGCAAUUUCAACAAGACCAGACGCUGCAAUAACCUAUUCCAUCAACAAUAACUCAUUUCCAUUUUCUAUAAACCUCGUGUCUGGAGUUGUUACGCUCUCACAACCAUUGGACUUUGAGACUCAGCAAAUGUACCAGCUCACAAUCACAGCAACUGAAGUUGGAGGCUUUUACACUGCAACUGCAGAGCUUGUGAUACUGGUGAUCAAUGUGAACGAUCUCCCACCCAUUAUCAAUGAUACUGCCCCAGUGCAAGUAGUGGCUACUCAGAGCAAUGGAGACAUAGCUCGAGUGAUUGCUGUUGACCCUGAUGGUCUUGACGAAUUGCAGUUUGAACUCACUACAUCUCUCAACCAGUUUAAAGUUAACCAAUCAACAGGAGUUGUUAGUAUCGCUUCUUCAUUGAUGGACCUUGCAAAUACGAUAGUUGAUUUGAACAUUUCUGUUUCUGACAGCCUAUUCACAAAUUCUACUUCUGUUACAGUUGAUGUUUUCCUACCUACAUUUACAGAACAAUCAGUGGUGGUUUCCAUUCAAGAAAAUGCAAUAGUUGGAACUGCAGUGGUGAAUAUAUCUAUUGAGAAUGCAAGAGAUUUAGAAUUUGUGUUGGUGUCUGCAGAUCCUUCAUUUACUGUCAGCAAUGAUGGGGUAGUGACUGUUGAUGCUGGAUUGGAUUUUGAGGCUCAAUCUACCCAUAUCUUCAAUAUUACAGCUACCAGUACUUCACCACCUGUUACGUUAAUUACAACACUGAAUAUAUCCUUAAUCGAUAUCAACGAUAAUCCACCCACCUAUUCUGAUGCUGUUAUCAAUAUCACUAUCAACUCCAGUACCCUCAUAGGAGAACGCAUUGCUAGUGUCAUAGCAACUGAUGCCGACUCUGGUGUGAAUGCAGACAUCUCGUACACUUUACAAACUCCAACCUCACUGUUCACACUCCAUCGAACAACUGGUGAUUUGUUCUUAGCUGGAACUCUACUAGGUGUACAGUCAUCACUGGAAAUCAUAGUGAUAGCUACUGAUGGUGGAGCUAUGCCUCUCAAUGGUAGUGCUCGAAUUAUGAUUGAGAUUGUUUCCCCUUUGUUUGUCGACCUUCCUAUUGCCCCAAUCUUUGUUGCCUCUAAUGGCCUUGCAAUUUUAUCCGAUACACAGAUGAGAAACAACAAUAGUUUUGCUCAACAGUUUAGCAAAUUACACAAUUCAAAGUCUGAAGAGUUAUCAGCUACUCUGUCUGGUAUGAGGAUUACUGCCUCGGUGUCAAGCACAUUGCAAAAUGGUGUUACAGCUACUGCGGCUUUGCUUCAACCAUCAACGGUGGUGUACCAAGAGUCACCCACCAUCUCAGUGGCAUUCCAAGUCAGGGACUCUGAUCAUCUCACAACUGUUGUUAAUACGAUUGCUUCUUUUGAUGUGGUUCGUGAUGCUUUGAGGAACAGCUCUGACUCGUGUGUGCCUGAUGACCGUGGAGUGUGUGUGGCUGUAUUCACUGUACCUCAGAAUUGGUUCACUCAAGCUACUACUGUGAUCAUAGUUGAGCCUCAAUUGAAUGGACAGCCAGUUGACUUGAAUGUAAUGUUUAUCACUUUACAACCUUCUCCAUCGAACUCAUUAGACUUUCAAAAUGCUAUAAUUACUACAUUGCCAUCGCGAGAUAUCGUAUCCGGACAAACUAUUACAAUGGACAUAUCUGCCUACAUCAGUAAUGCAGUGGUUGGAUUCGCUGUCUCAUUCCAACUACACCCAUCUCUCGAGGUAAUGGAUGUUAUCAUUAAUAACACUCAGUGGGGUGUGCAAACAGCCUCAGGCAAUAAUACCCUCGGAAUCGUAGCGAUUGUGGCCACACCUGUUGAACAAUUCACCGUCCGUUCACCUGUUUAUUUAUUUUCCGUUCAAUUGAGAGUGGUUACUAGUAACCCUGCAACCAUUCCUAUAUCCGGGACAAUACACUCUCUGAGCGAUGCUAUCGAAGGCAGCGUGAUUCUUGACUCAACCAACAGCUCCACGGCUCCACUGUUGUUGACUGGUAGAGACGGUGGUGUGAGUGAGAUUGGAACUGUUAAUGUUGUCCCUGAUACAUUGCAAGCUCUGUUUCCAUACACUGAGCAGCCUGAGAUCCUGAAUACAGCUGCUCUGGAUGGUAUUGUAUUAUCUAUACAAGUGUAUUUGUUGGGUGCAUAUUCAUCUGGAGAGAUCCUACCAUACACAGCUGACAUCACCUGCUCUAGCAAUACGUCUGUCGUCAAUAUUGACUCGCUUUGCUCAUCUCUGCUACUCAAUGGAGGAGAAACUGGAGGUGCUGACAGUGUAUUAAUGAUGUUCAAUGUAUCGGACAUUACUGCAUCCAUGCCAGUGCGUGUUUACUACCCUCAGGGAAGCUUAAGACUGGUUGCAAGUGACACAACACUCAAUCGUAUACAGUACACUCUUGCUGAUACCUGUACAUCAUACCAGCAGGCAUCUUUGUCAGUUUUUGCUGAUUUUAAAGCAGGUGAACGUGCCCUCACAAAUGUCUCCCUCGCUCACUUGUUACCACCGCCUUACCUUGAAGACGAUGAAAGCACUGUGCUACAACUGGAUGGUCAUAUGAUGUAUGGUCGGUCUUCUGGUUCAACUCGUGUGUGUGUUGGAAGCACUACAGUUUGCAUUGAAAUUACUGUCUCCACGGAAGUCGUGAAGUUGGUUAAUGUGAUUAGUUUGUUAAUUGUUGAACUCAGCCUUACUGCUAACUCUACUGUUGUUCCUAACUCGGUAGAAACAGCUCUGUUUGAUAUCAGAUCACAACUGCAGUUUGAGCAGGAGAUUGGUACACUACUAGUGGCAGUACAAUACACAGAUGGAACCUACUCUCCUGUUGACAUCAGCGAUGUGACUUUAAAUCAACCUGUAGAUACGUCUGUGUACACUAUUCAAACUGGCCAAGUAACAGCGAGAGGAGGUUCAGGCUUGGCUGAGCUGUUUUAUCGAUGGACUCCGCUAGCUGGAACAUGUGGCUUAACUGUCAGUGAAACCAUCUCUGUAACAGCAGACCUCCCACAGCCUGUAUCAGUACGCACAACUACUCUCACCCUUACCAUUGCAACUAUAGAGAGUGAUGCUUCACUAGCUGGACUACCAACUACUCUAAGUAUUACAAUGGAACUGGUAUACUCUGACAAUCGCACUCUGAAUAUUACUGGUGAUUCUCGCCUUAGCUACAUGCCCUCAAGCAAUCUAAUAGCCAUCUCCAGCAUUGGUGAGGUCACAGCCACUGGACAAGGCGCUGGUGUGGGUGUGGCUAUUGUUGUAGUUAUGUUCACGAACGCCCAAUCAAACCUAACCAUUGAACUAAGUGUGGAGGUGGUGGCUGCAACUGGUUUGGAGAUAUCUGCCACCCCAUAUCCAAGUUAUCCUGGCUCAGAAAAUAAUCAGAUAUCAACUCUUUCUCCUCUCGAAGACACUGGUAUCUGGCAGAGGGGGGUGGUUGCACUUCGUCUCAGUCUAACCAAUGGGCAGACUCUCGAUGUUACUUCACUUCCCCGUGCAGUAAUAACAGUGAUUGGAAUAACUAUCUCUAAUGAGUUUGUUUUAAGUGUGAAUGGUGCUGGAGGUGUACUUAUAGAUGCAAUGUUUGGUUCUCUGGUCACUGAUAUACCACGACAGCUUACUGUUAGCAGCACACCUAUUACAGUUACUAACAUUUCACUGGAGCCCCUACCCAACAAUGUUCUGGUGGGUAUAGCUGACAUCUCUGCAAUACAAGUAUACUCAACUAUCACAUUCUCUGAUGGUACAAUGUUCAUCAACUAUCCUGCACCCAGCCUACCCUCAGGUCUGGUUGUCUAUAGCACUGACAGCAAUGCUAUUGCAGUUAACCAGUCAGGAAUGAUAACUCCACUGCAGAACUCUAUGUCUUUAGUAACUCUAACGGCUACUAGUAAAGAUGAAAGUGUCAGCUCCAGUAUUCAAUUCACUGUUGACCUUGUUCCUAAUAUAGGUGACGUUGACCUUGUAUUAUCAUCAUUUGGACCGUUCACUGUGGACAAUCUGUUGAGUAUUUCUAUAUUUAUCAACACCGGGGGUCGUAAUCUGGGGGUGAUCGAGUUGUCGCUACUGUAUGACAGCCAGGUACUAAGCCCUGUGAGUGCUGAACUUGGAUCUGAUUGGACGAGUGGAAUAUUUGCAGUUUAUCUCUUUGACAGCGCUGGUAUCGUGAGAAUGGGUGGUGUACUCACAGUUGAAGGUGCUGCCACUGUUGACCUGCAUUUACUUACUGUACACUUCAAUGUUAUUGGACCAUCUGCUUUUGGCGAGUCUUACCUACGCGGUGAAUUGGUUACUCUCACAGAGUUUGGUGCUCAAGGUAUUACAAUCGGGGCACCUACACCUCGCCCGUUUGUAGCUGGAGAUACAAGAUUCUUUGUUGAUAGCACUCGUAAAAGAUCGGCUAUGCAAUCUUCAAGCACACCUCGAACCAGGAGAGCCGUUGAUGAAUGCCUUACCUUCAACUGUAGCUGCUCACGAUCCACUCAAGGCGAUAUAGAUGGUAACUGUUUGUUUGAUCUGAGCGACGUCUCCUUUGCUCUUCGCUACCUCUCACAGUCACUAAUUGAACUGAAUGGAGAUGAUUCGAUAUCUUCUGUUCUGGAUCAGAACAGAGAUGAUGCUGCAGACACAACUGAUGUUUAUUUCCUUUUCCGAGCCGCUCUUGGUCUGACUCAUUUCCUGCAGGAUGUUCAAAUCACUCCUGUUCAAGAUGCUCUCUCAGCAUGCCUUUUCACAGUGAAUGUGCAACUAUCAUCCUCUGGACAAACGGAUGUGCUUAUCGACCUAGCCUUGGACCCUCAAUUGGCCCCUAUAAACAACAUCCCCUCAACAGGCAGUAUACUCACUACAGACAAAGGCUCUGACUUGUCCGGCGCAUUAUACUCCACACAAUUGGUUAAUGGUUCGUAUAUUCUCCAGCUGGGAGCAGAGUUUGUUUCAUCUAUGGUCGGUGUAUCUGUUGUUCUGGUUACAUACGACUCGAGACGUCAAACAAGUGCUGACAGGACAACACAGUUCUUUGGACCACCUCCCCCAACCUUCGGAGCCUUAAAUAUUACAUUAACUCAACCACCAGUUCGUCUCUCUGCUUUAAAUGGUUACUCUUCAUUGUUGACAGUCUCUAAUAGUUUGGAGUCUUCUCAAUGCAACAAUAAUCCUGUACUAGGCUUACAGCUCAACGCAACAUUCUUGUCUCCAUUCCAAGCGGUAUUGGAUUGGACGCUACUCAAUCGCAGAACAGGACUAAACUUUACUGAUCAGCUAAGGAUACAAGUUCAAGAGUGCAGUAUUUCUCAAGCAGGAGUUGCUGAUAAUAUCUGUCCCGAGUAUUUGAUCUCCCCAGUGCAAGCAAACACACAGCACACUUUACCAUCAACACCAUUCACUGAGUAUGCUUUCAGAGUGCUUGCCCCAAAUGAUGUGCAAACAAACAUGCUCCAAGUCCGCUCCCCUGAGGCCUCUCCUGAGGGCCUGUCUGCUCCCACCUACGAACAUAUCGCUGGUGGUGUGGUCCUGAGAUGGUCUGUACCCUCUCAACCAAAUGGAAUCAUUACUCACUACACUCUAACACGCAACUCUCAAGUAGUCUUCAACGAAUCUAGUUUAAUUGUUACCCUUCAUUCAGCCAUCACUGUAGCAACGAAUGUCUCGCUAACGGCCUACAACUCAGCUGGUUUCACCACAAGCCCCCCUGCAGUCAUACCCCCCACUGAUAUUGAGGGUAGCACACUGAGCCCAGGAUUGCCUGUGGCCAUUACUGAUGCUAUCAUAGUAUGUGUAUUGUUGACUGUGUGUGUGAUAGUAAUACUGUUGGUGCUACUAGCCGUGGGAAUGAAAUGUAACAGGAGGUGGGGCAAGGACAAACCACCACCCUUUAUCUCUCUGGACUUUGAUGCCGAGAAGAUUGGUGUGGAGGAGAUUCCACUUAAGGAUGACAGUGUGAAUGUGCUGCUCUCAUUGGAUGCACAGAGAGGACAACACUUCUCUCAAAAGUUCACGCAGGAAGACUCCCAAGCAUUCUGGCAUCAGGAUGAAAAAGGCAUUGAACUGUUUCCUCCGCACUACGAGUCCUCGGCUGAUGACUCGAGUGGUGAUGAGGGCUUCACUACAGAGCUGGACGAGCAAUGGCGUCUUGGAGAGACAGCUCCUGAGGAUGGAGAGUUUGCUGAGCUGAGUGACCUCUGGGACGAUGCACUCAACGAGAGCAAGGGGCACUCCACAAAGAAAAAGUCGAACAGGCCUUCCUCCUCAAGCAAGCGGAGGUCAGGUAUCUUUAAGCGAUUCUCCAGACACCAACAGGAGGACCAGCUGCAGUUGUUGGAGGAGGGUGGGUCACAGCAAUCUGUUGGAGAGCCUGACCUUCUCUCCGAUCAUGAGAUGGAGUAUUUUCAAAGUCAGAUCACCAGCUACAAUCAAGAGCAAAGAAGAAGAUCCUCCGUAAUCGAGACUAGCAAGAAAAGAUUAAACUUUGGAGGUACCACGUCAAUGACGAAUGAGCAGGUGGAGCGUUAUCCUGUCGAUCUCCCAGAUGAAUCUGCUGAGUCAGCGUCAGAGGUUGCCAAACGUCUGAUGAGUACUGUACAAGUUGGAGACUACCGACGACAAUACCGCUCGCUAAUGGCCGUCAAGCCAGACAGUGAGGCCUCCCAAUCAAGAUUGUCAGUCAAUGUGCCCAAGAAUCGCUAUGGCAAUGUGUCUGCAGCUGACCAGACCAGAGUCACCCUGACUGAUGCUACCCCCAUGGUUAGAGGCUCUGACUACAUCAAUGCCAACUUUUUGAAUGGAUUCGACCGACCCAGUGCCUAUAUAGCCACUCAGGGUCCGCUGCCAAACACAACUGUGGAUUUUUGGAAAAUGGUCUUGCAACAAAAGACAGAAGUGAUUGUCAUGACAACAGGCAUCACUGAGAAAGGACGUAAAAAGUGUGAAAAGUACUGGCCUGAUCAAGAGAUGUCCCAGAGGCAUGGCCCCGUCACGGUGCACUGCACCAGUCAAACGAGGUACCCUGACUACACAGUCUCACAGCUGACCCUGAGGAUGGAGGAAGAGGCUGGCAAACGACACAUUACUCACUAUAACUACCAUUCGUGGCCCGACUUCGGCAAUCCUCAACCCACACAGUUCAUUGACAUGGUGACCAAGAUUCAUUCGCCAAAGGAUCGUCCCAUUGUGGUACAUUGCAGCGCUGGUCUGGGCCGUAGUGGAGUAUUUAUCACCGUCCACACAGCUUUGGAGACGCAGGCCGCAAAGAGAAAAGUAGACAUAGAGAAAAUUGUUUACAAUCUCCGCAAGCAACGAGAGGGGAUGGUCCAGACACCGGAUCAGUACCGAUUUUGCUACGAGGCCACGGCAGACGCUCUAUCAGCUCAACAGAGAACAAGAACCAAAUCAGAGCCUGCAGCGGCAUUCAUCCCUCCCACUAUUCGACCUCUUUCCACACCGACUGUAAUUGAACCAGCUACAUUGACUCGUGAACACAGACAAAAGAGAGAAGCCUCAAUACCUCCCCCCUCACCAUCUCUACCACCCUACACUGAAGAAAUGCAAAAGGAAGAAACGGCCCACCCUAGGAUUGAAACCCCACCCCCUCCAGAGUCAUCGCCACCUCCUCCGAUAAGUCAGCAAGAGACACCAAUCAAAGUGGCCAUCACACCUGACGUGAUAGUCACAGCACCAUCUAUGGAGAAUAUUUCGGACCACGAACUUGUACAGAGGAAACUGGACGAUCUUGCGGAGAAGAGGGCCACUGAGACCACCCCCUCCAGACCAGCCUCUGACAGAAACUCUGGUGUGAGCUUAAGAAAACAAGAAACAAAUGCUCCAAAACAAAUUGAAACUACAAAAGAACCACUAAAGCGCAACAAGCCUGCGCCUAAAGAGCAGCCUAAGGCGUCGCCAUCGAAACAGACAAAGAAAGUCAGCGAGCUUCCAAAGAAAUCAGAACCUCAAAAGAAAAAAGAGCCCCCUCCUCCAGAAGAUGAUGAAGUACCACCCCCUCCUCCACCCACUAGCCCUCCACCCACACUUGAAGAGGCUCCACCCACUCCACCAACGAGCCCACCUCCUGAAGAGAGUGAAAUGGAAAGUUUUAAAAUCCCUGAAGCAGUUGAAGAGCCAGAGGAAGAAGAAGGAGGAUUCUCAAUAGGGGACAAUCAGUUCAUUGAACAGAAACCUUACAAGAAGCCUGCAGUGGAGAAUGCACAGCAAAAGAAACCAGCUAACAAACCAGAAUGGUCGCACAAAAAGAAGACACAACCACAACCACAGCGAGAAUGGAGCUACAAGACAAAAAAAGUUGCUCCUCCUCUAGCAUCAAAGAUUGAAAAGAAGCCUGAGAUCCACCCUCCUCCACUGGAGGUGGUCAAUCAUGGCCCAAGAGAGAGUGUGGUAAAGAGAGUAGGCAAACUGAACAUACCCUCAGCAUUCGGAGGAGAGUCAGCCUCACCAGAACCAUCACCCUCACCCUCACGUGCUAAAGAAACAGAAACUUUACCUCUAAAAAAGCCUCCAGUUAAACCACCGUCUGAGCAACCCCCCAAGUGGAAGCAAGACAAAAAGCCAAUGCCUAGCAACCGAGUUCCAGGCACAUCUGCACAAAGCACUCAGAGAACGGUGGGAAAAAUCAACACUUCAAAGUUUGAGCAACCUAAGAAAGACAUUCCUUCUGAGCCUGAGCAAGAAGUGGCUGGUAGCACAUCCAUUCUUCAGAGGAUCAAACAGCUUGAAGCGAAGGGAUCUCCUGGUUCCCACGGUGCGACCCCAUUUAAGCUCCCCACACCCACUCAAGCUGUCAAACUGUCCCCAACGAGGCAGCUGCCUAAGAACAUGCCACCUGUUACAGUGCCUCUGGACGACUCGGACAAAGUGCGAGGAUUGUUGGCAAAGUUUGAGAAAAAAACAAACUUUUAAUUAUGGACACUAACUAACUUUACAACACUUGUUUUUAUUGUCCACCCACUCCAUAUGUAGCGUGCAAUGUACCACUUAGAGCUUAUCACGUAGUUGUCAUGGUAAGAGUGACAGUACAAGACUGGUCAAUUUUCAACAUAAUUAUUCCCAAUAAUUUAUAGUCAUAAUUAUAAUUACUAGUUUGCACAUGUGCACAAAUUUAUUUCAUAUCAAUGUUAUCAUAAGAAGUGCGUGAUUAUGCAUAGUUGCAUAUAAUUAUCAUAUUUGUGAGCUGAA